UUACUUAUCAUGAUCAAUAAUAAUAAUUUUAAAUGUUGGAUUGCCGCUAUUGGCUUUUAAUUACUUAUUAACACGUGCUAUUUGCAAAUCACUGAUAUUUAUAGGGGUAUACUUGACAUUUCCGUAUCACACGUUCUCCUUCGAAGUCUUUCCGCGUACAAACGACAUGCGACGAUCAAUGCAUUUCCGAGCACGGUCAUCGAUAAAAUAUGUCUAUCGUCUUUAGAACGGCCGUUGUUCACCAUUGUCAAGUGCACUUCGAACAUCGUAACCAGACGAACACCGAUACUCCCGGCUGUGCAUUUACCGAGACUAUACUGAACGAGUCUAUUGAGCAAAUAAAGCAAAUAUUUACGCAUGGAAGCAGUGCGAUAAGAUAAUCGUCUACCGUUUCGGCACCGUAAGCGCAGAACAACAGAUGUCGGAUAGGGUGUAUUUUUGUUCGAUCAAAGCGAGUACGGCGAGUCUACAAAAAUAUCGGAUACCACCUUUCGAUAACACACCGUACGUGCACGGGGUUAUCCUAGACGCGAUCGUCAUCGGCCGUAACAGCGAAUUCCCGGGGAAAUUUUCGGACGAAGAUACCAAUGUCUACGGAAAUGUCGCUUGGUCACGACAGUUCACGAGCGGGAAAUGUCCCGAGAUAAGUAAACGUGGCCUCCGAGCGAGGCCUUUAUCUCGUUUCUCCUCGGCUCUCGGUCCGGUGAUUCCGUCGUCACCUUGGCGCAUGCAUGACGAAAACGUGCAUAUCGCGAGACGAAAGUUUCCCUCGCAGGAACGUCGCCGGCGGUAUCUUCGACUUCGACGGCCGAAGAAGACGGAGCGAAAAAAAAGGAGGGGGAGGGGGGGACGAAGGAGAGGACACGUGAAGGAGAGUGCAGGAGUCACGAAUAUGAGAAGAGCGGCGGGGAUAUACCCGUCGCGUAGCCUGACGUUUCUGAAGCACGUUGAAGCCCGCAAGUGGCUCCGGGCGCAUUAUGCGAAAGCCCUUUGUGCAUUGUUUGAGCUUUCCCGGGCAUUGUGCUUUCCAGUUACGCGGCCCGGAUUUUUGCACGCUCGCGCGGCAUCCACCUGUCCGUCGUUCCUGGCCUUUUCUUUACCAGCUUCUUAUUCCGCUUCUUUUUCUUUCUUCCUUUCUUUCUUCUUUUUUUUUCUUCUGCGCCCUCAUGUUGCAGCGCAUCUCGCAUUUGUUGCUUUCCGUGAACGCGUCAAGCGUUCCUUCUUCCCUCUCUCUCUUUUUUUUUCUUUUCUCUCCUUCGUUCCUACGCUGGUAGAAAAACCAGUCGAUAACGCGGUCUUCCUCGCUCAACCGUUUCCAGAUGUUUUUACUCGAGUUUUAGCAAUCUGAAUAUAUACCGAUGUCAAUCAACGCUCACGAGAGGCACCCCAGUUGAAACGAUAAUCUAAAACGCUCUCUCGGUGGCGUAGUUACACUAAGAGGAUAUCCCCGAGGGAUCGAAAGUCGCUGGUAUACAAGAUCAAGGUAUUAGCGGAGGAUCUACUCGUGCGAAAUAUCCAAUCAAUCCCUGUUUACUGAAAUUUAGCAGCGAUAAAAAUCCCCGACUGUAAAACGUCCUAAAAUCU